GGGGUACUACUCUAACUGUUUUUAAUUGUUAAUAUUAAUUUAUACUUUAGGCAAAAGGCUUUUCAGCUGAUUUAGAUCUACUUGAUUUAAUAAAUAAAUAAUUUAGCUUUGGCUGUUAACAAACAUCUAAACCAAACUAAAGAGCUAUCUGACAAGUGCACCAGUUUUCCUGACAGGCUCCCGAAGAUUAAGAAUGUCUGAAAAUGCACCUCCACCAUACCCUGGAAACCCUGAAGACAAAGGUAAUCAAGGGUAUCCACCCCCAGGAGGAUACUAUCCACCCCCACAGCAGCCUGGGUACUAUCCACCUCAGCCAGGCUAUCCACCAGGUGCCUAUCCACCUCCUCAAGGAGGCUACCCACCCCCUCAGGGAGGCUAUCCACCUGCUCAAGGAGGCUACCCACCCCCUCAAGCAGGCUACCCACCACCUGGAGGCUACCAGUCUUCUCAAGCCAACACGUCAACCAUAGUGGUAGCCCAGCCUACAGUAACUCUGGUUCAGUCAUUCAACGCUGUCCCGGUGCGCUGUUCCUGCCCACACUGCCGGGCUGACAUUGUCACGGCCACGCACUUUGAAACUGGGACGUUUUCAUGGGUCAUCUGUGUGAUCCUCUGUGUACUAGGGUGUGACCUGGGCUGCUGUUUAAUACCUUUUUGUGUUGAGGGCUGUCAGGAUGUCAUUCAUACCUGUCCUAACUGUCGCCAGCACAUUGCUAGAUGGAAUCGAAUGUAACCUGGGAACUAUUGGCCUUCAAGACCAAAUGAUGACACAAGGUAUACAAAUUGAAAUCACAAGACACAGAGGAGCUUGCAUCAACCUCUUAUCAAGAUGAAUUAGAAUUUUUUUUUGUCUAACUGCUGUCUGGCAGCUACUUAGCCUUAAUUAUUCAUUUAUAGUCUUAAUCAUUGCCUUGCCUUUGAGGUUCCCUUUUGUACUUUUAAGAUCUGUCCAUUUUUUUAUGUUUCUUUUUUAUACACUGUAAUUAUCCAAGAUCGUUCACACAUUUUAAAUUAGUCUUCUAAAAUCUGAUGGUUGAUACUGAUAUUAUAUGUACUGUAUUUUAUUUCCCCAAACUCUUUCCUUAUUGGAAUAGUUCAAAACUUACCAUGAAUGAUAAUUAGCUGUGUAAUGGAAGGAGGAAAAAAAAAUCAGUUGAUUGAUAAUAAAUAUGAAAUGGAUUGUUUUUUUUAACAAUUAAACAAUGUAUGAAAUAUUCUUUUUCCAUUGUUAAAAAAAAAUCCCUUUUUAAUUUUUGUGAUGAAAAAGUUUUUUUUCCAAUAAUUUUUAAUGGCUUAUAACUUAAUGUAUGUUAUAUUUUAAUGUCUGGAUUAUUACUUUUUAGUUUAACCCCUAUUGAUGUAUAAAUAUCUGGUUUUUAGCUUGGAAAUUAGCAUUAUUUUAAUGUUAUAUUAUUUUUAUUGUCUGAGUUGGACCUAAAGUUUAAAUGUCAUAAUUUUAAUAAUUUGUGUGUUUAAUUUCUGUUGUUUUAAAAUUACUUUUUUUAAACCUCUAGAUUUCAAAAUCAUGUAAUUUUUUACUUUAACAAUGAUGAUGCCAGCAUAACUUUGCUUUUGAAAAUCUACAUGUUGCCUUUAAGAGUAAAUAUUUUACAAUCUUUUUAUCCUCAGCACAAUAAUGUCUGAUUAAUAAUGCAAGGUUUUAUGCAUGACAUUUUAAAAUGUAUUCUCUUUUUAAAAUUUCUGUGGCUGCUGAUGAAUACAAAAAGUAGUUGAAAACAGCUUUAACAGCUUAUUUGGUAAUUAAUAUAAGAGGAGCUAUUUGGCUCAUUCAAAUUGUUCAAGAUGAAAUCUAAGUCUUUACCAGCAAAAAAAAUUUUCUGUCUUUGCAAUUAAUGUGAACUGUUGACAGUCACACCUCAAGCAUUUUUCCAACCUGUUCUGUCUGUGUGUGCUUUUCUUAGUACAUCCACAGUUUUGGAUUAACAUUUUGUAUUCAUAAUACAAUGCUAUCUACCAAUUGAUUUUUUUUUAAAUUCAUAUUUUCUAAAACCUAUGUAGGUCUUUUUUUUUUCAAAAAAAAAAAAAAAAUUUGUAUUCAUGAUGACCUUCAGGCUAAGACCUAGAAUUUUAAAAUAUAUUUUGAGGAACAGGUAAAAGAUAAAUUUAAAAUAUCAUACAACCUAUAAUACAUAAAUUAAUAUUUUAGUCAGCUUGUGCAUCCUUUAGAUAAAUAUACUGUUUACAUGUUUUUAAUAAUUUGUAACAAACUGCAUGUUAUUCACCUAUGCUAUGGCAGUUUAUGUAUUGUAAACCUUCACUAUCUUUGUGUGUAUGCAUGGACACACUUUAUUGUAAUCACAACUGUACAGACUUUUCUAGCUGUGGGUUUGUUUUAUCCUUUUGUACAUACACAGUGAGCUAAAAUACUCUCAAAUUGUUCACACCCAAUUUCACGUGGAGCACAAAUAACAAAAAUAGAGGCAUCCAAAUACUGAAAGUUGUUUAGAGGUGGCAGAUUAAUCUCACCCUGUAUAAUAUUUACAGAGAGCUCAAGUUUUUUGUUUCCAAUUUUAAUGUAAAAAUGACAUAAGAUUACUUAAAGAUUAAUGUUGGAGCAUGUUAUACUUACUCUUAGACUAGAUAUUAUUGGAAUAACAUCACGUGAUUAUACAGUUUUUAGUGCUGAAAGAUAUCAGUAUUCAAUUAACAUAAUACCUCUUAC